AUGAUAAAAGUUUGGCUUAAAGAAGUCAUUGCGGGAUGUUUGCUCAAACCAGCCGAGUUCCCAGUCUCCCAAUUUACCAGAAAUUGCAUUAUUGGUGAGUACUUGCCUUAUGUUUUGGAAAGAUCCAAGGCUGUUGAAGUUGAAAAGAAGACACUGAAAUUGUUUAUGUUGGGAAAUGAUCGGAUGAUGGGACAUAGGGGUAAUCCGUGGCAAUCAGUUAAUCUUGAUCAUCCAGCCACAUUUGACACGUUGGCGAUGGAUACAGAUGAUAAAAAGAUGAUUAUCAAUGAUCUUGAGAACUUUGUCCGAAGGAAAGAGCUUUAUAGGAAAGUUGGGAAGGCAUGGAAAAGAGGGUAUUUGCUGUUUGGGCCACCAGGAACAGGGAAAUCAAGUUUGAUUGCAGCCAUUGCCAAUUAUUUAAAAUUUGAUAUCUAUGACUUGGAGCUCACUGAUAUCAGGACCAACUCUGAUCUGAGAAGGGAUCUGAUUUCAACAGCUAAUCAGUCGAUACUCGUCGUGGAGGACAUUGAUUGCUCGAUUGAGCUCACGAACAACCGGCCAAAAGCAUCAAGGGCACCUAUGCACCCUCACCAAUAUGGUCAAGAAAACAGGGUUACCUUGUCUGGAUUGCUGAACUUCAUUGAUGGACUAUGGUCGAGCUGUGGGGAUGAGCGCAUCAUAGUGUUUACAACUAAUCAUAAAGAUAAGCUAGAUCCAGCUUUAUUGCGCCCUGGUCGUAUGGAUGUGCACAUUUACAUGUCGUAUUGCACCCCGUGCGGUUUCAAAUUGCUUGCUUCCAAUUACCUUGGAAUCACAGAUCAUCCACUCUUCUUGGUUGUUGAGCAGCUGAUGAAAGUCACAAAGGUGACUCCUGCAGAAGUAGGGGAGCAGUUAUUGAAGAAUGGUGACUCCUGCAGAAGUAGGGGAGCAGUUUGGGAGAGUUUACAAUGCAUGGGUUUACAAUGCAGGGGUGUAAUAAAGGGCUAUUGUACAUAUUGCUUUACUAGGGAUACAUAUUCCCUGAAGGUUGGAGAAGAAAGUAUUAUCAUAAUUGUUUUAGAGUUUGUAGAUUUUUGA